AGGACAAAAAUACUGAACGUGAGGACAUAUUUUUAUUUUUCAAUGAUUCAGAUUUAAUUUAGCUGAUCAAUAAAUUUGAAAUAUUUGAAAUCUUUUCAGAUUUAAUUUAGCUGAUCAAUAAAUUUGAAAUAUUUGAAAUCUUUUCAGAUUUAAUUUAGCUGAUCAAUAAAUUUGAAAUAUUUGAAAUCUUUUCAGAUUUAAUUUAGCUGAUCAAUAAAUUUGAAAUAUUUGAAAUCUUUUCAGAUUUAAUUUAGCUGAUCAAUAAAUUUGAAAUAUUUGAAAUCUUUUCAGAUUUAAUUUAGCUGAUCAAUAAAUUUGAAAUAUUUGAAAUCUUUUCAGAUUUAAUUUAGCUGAUCAAUAAAUUUUAGUCUACUUGAGAGAGGUAGUCUGUAAAAAAAGACAUGAAUCAAACCGUGAAGACCUUUGUGAUAUUUGACACGGAGACAACAGGACUUCCUAGCCCAGGAAACAACCCAAGAAUUACUGAACUGAGUUUCAUUGCAUUGCUCAGAGAUGAACUUCUGUCCAAAUCAAGAGCACCACGCGUUGUCAACAAGCUUCUUCUAUGUUUCAAUCCUCAAAAGAAAAUAAAGACUGAAUCUUCUUCACUGACAGGUACAAGCAAAUUAAAUGAUACAGUUUCAUAAUUUUCUUUUUAAUGAGAAAAGUAUUUAGACAUUUUUUAAUCUUCUAAAAUGCUAAAGUUUUCAAUUUGAUUUUGUAGUAGACACAAAUGUAAAUGUGACAAGAUCAGUUGGACAAGCCAUACCUAGAGGUGAAAGGUUACGUUAUGUAAUACUUCUGCAUUUUCCUAUAUGUCCAUUUCAGGAUUAUAUAACGAUGCAUUGGAAGCAUACAGCCCCUUCAAAUCACAUGCUUCAUUGAUUUGCUCGUUCCUGACAACUUUGCCGCAACCAGCUUGUCUUGUAGCCCACAAUGGAAAUGAGUAAGUGAAGUUAUUUUUCAAACUUAUUAUUAGUAUAGAAUUAUAUUAUUUAAAUAGUUAUAUUUAGAACGGAUAUUUGAUUAACUAUAGCUGUGCAACUAUCUCUUAAAUCUUGAUAUAAAAAUUGAAUUAUUUUUAAUAAAUAUUUCGUUUUGUAAAAGAAUUUCUUUUAAAAUUAAAUUGUACACAUUAAUUUACCUUUUUUUCCAUUAUUCCAGCUUUGAUUUCCCCCUCCUCAUCUCAGAGCUAAACAAUGCCGAACAGCCUGUUCCACCAAAUAUUUUGUGUGCUGACAGCUUGGAGGGUUUCAGAGAAUUAGAUGGCCUUCCAAAGCAACCAGGGUUUGUUAAAAAUAAAAGGAAAAAUCAGGUAUUCACUGUUGUAAUAGAAACACAUAACUGGAAUGCAAAUAAGGAGACACUUGAUCCUAACAUUUUUCACUCAGUAUCACCCAGUGAACCAGCUAGAUUUCCAGAAGAUGUCCAUCAACUGUGGUCAAAAGAUGCAGGGACACCUCAGUAUUCAUCUUCUGUCAGUUCAUCUAAGGGGCCCAAUGCAAAGCUUAAACAGGAAAUAGUAAGAGAUGAGGCCGCUAACAAGACAAAGCGAAAAUUGUUUUCUAAUCAGACUUGUGUGGAUGAGGUGAAAAAAAGUGAAACCAUAUCCUCCCAUGAAAACUGUGAAAGUCUGCCCCUUUAUCCAAAUAAUUUAAAUAAUGUUGCUGAUAUCCCUUCUCCCAAUUCACCCCAAACUCCAGACACCUUUAGUCCUUGGUCAACAAACAGUGAAGCUGAAGUCAUAUAUGCAGCAGAGCAGGCUGAGCUUAACUUUAUACCUGAACCAGGUGGGACAACAAAGAUACAACCACCUCAAGAAACCCCUAGCAGUAUUUCAGUCUGUGACACAGGCAGCACAACCGUUGGUCUCGGUUAUUCUAAUAUAAAUGAGAGAAGACCAAAAAAAGGGUCUUAUUCUUUACCAAAGCUGUAUCGAUGCAUUUUCGGCCAAGAUCCCAUUGAUAGUCACACUGCUGAGGAUGAUUGCAAAACAUUACUCUGUGUCAUCCAAACCAAGGCCUUGUCAUUUUGUCAGUGGUGUGAUAAAAAUGCAGAGCAACUGAUAAAUUUAAAUCCCAUGUAUUAAAUGGAAAUUUAUUGACACAGGUCUUGAAUCCAGAAUGUUGAAAAUUGUGUUUAAUGAUGUUUAUUUUAAUAUUUAUAUUCAAUUAAAAUGUGUAUGCAUACAUUUUAACAUGUAAGAUAUAAGCCUUAUUUUCACUGCAGUAUAUUUUGCUAUAUAUUUUUACCUCGUUUCUAAUGGCUAAAUAUGAUGAAAAUGUUUUGUUGUAUUACUUAAAAAUGGGUUUCUAUUUACAAAUCGACAUAAUGAAGUGGUACAUUAUCUUAUCAAAAAUUUUGAUAAUAUAUAAUAUGUAAAUCAAUAAAAUAUUCAUUCUUUAGUUGACCAUUAUAAUAUUUUUUAAAUUAGAAUAUUUUAAUCUAUUCUUUUUAUUUUUUGGAUAGAAAAGAAAGCCUUGUGAUCUUUAAAAAAGAUGAGUUUUUAUAUUAAAAAUUACGCGUUCUUCUUCUUAAAUACCACUAGGAUCUUUUCCUUGGAACUAGCAAUAAAAAAAAAAUAUUAAAAAUUCUUUACAGAAAUAUUUUUUUUAAUUUAAAAAAAACAGUAAAAUAUGUUCCUUCAUCCAGCAUUUUAAUAUUUUUUUUAAAAUGGGAAAAUGAUAUUUUGAUUUCUGUUAAUGCAAGUGCAAUCUACACUGUUAAACCAUAAAUUAUAUAAUCAGUAUAAAAAAAAUUAAUAUUCAAAUCAAAUUUAAAGCAAUCAUUAAUGACAAAUACGUAAGUCCAAUUUUACAAAAUUGGACACCACAUUUUCUUUUAUGAAUCAAUUUUCUUUAACAAAAACCAAUUUUCAUUUAUAUUAUUUAUAUUGAUUCUAGAGCACUGCACUGUUGUAUUGUUAAAUUUUGAUUCAUAUACUAUUAAGUUCUUUUAUAUACCAAGAUGUUAAAAUAAUUAUAUUUAAUUUUAUAAUUUAUAGUGUAUAUGCAUACAUUAAGACCAUAUCUAUAUAAAAGAUUUGUUUAUUUGUAUAUCAUUUAAUAAUAAUUUAACUUUUUAAAAAUUUUAAUCAGUCAUUGAUAGUUCAUGAUUAAAAAAUAAAACUUUAAUUUUCAUUCAUG